AGAAACUGACCAUCUGGUUAAAGAGAGAGUAACUGACCAUCUGGUUAAAGAAAGUGAUAAACGCCGUAAUAAGAGAUGAGAGCAGAACUGAACUGACCGGUCUGUUUCCCGCAGCUCCAACAUGAACUCUUCCUCCUCUGAUGUGAACCAAAGCAGCUCUCCUUUCUGCCUGCUGGGCCUGGGCUACUCCUACAACCUCAACACCUGUGUGCUGGAGGUGUCCGUCAUUCUCUUCCUCACCAUCCUCAUCAUCAGCGGCAACCUGGUGGUGAUCUUUGUGUUCCACUGUGCUCCACUGCUUCACCACCACACCACCAGCCACUUCAUCCAGACCAUGGCCUACGCAGACCUCCUGGUGGGGGUGAGUUGUCUGGUGCCCUCCCUGUCCCUGCUCCACUACCUCAAGGGGCUGGACGAGGAGCUCACCUGUAAGGUGUUUGUCUACGUGGUGUCUGUGCUGAAGAGUGUGUCCAUGGCGUCUCUGGCGUGUAUUAGUGUUGACCGCUACAUCGCUAUCACACGGCCGUUCUCCUAUGCUACGCUGGUCACACCAUGUCGCCUGCGGGUCUGUAUCGGCCUCAUCUGGCUCUACUCCGCCCUCAUCUUCCUGCCCUCCCUCUUCGGGUGGGGGAAGCCUGGCUACCACGGAGAUAUAUUUCGCUGGUGUGCGACCUCGUGGCAGACCGAUCCAGGCUUCAGCUCAUUCAUCGUGGCUGUGCUGUAUGCUCCAGCCACCCUCACUGUGUGUUUCACCUAUGGGAGUAUCUUCCUCAUCUGCCGUCAGCACACCCGCAAGAUCACCCAACGCCUCACACGCUUCGGCCCCCAGGGGAACGAGAGGGGCGAGCGUGGUGAAGGGUGCCUGGAUAAGCGCUACGCCAUGGUGUUGUUCCGUAUUACCAGCGUGUUCUACGUGCUCUGGAUGCCCUACAUCGUCUACUUCCUGCUGGAGAGCGCCGGCCUCUAUUGCCACCUGGUGGUCUCCUUCCUCACCACAUGGCUAGCCAUCAGCAACAGCUUCUGCAACUGCCUCAUCUAUAGUCUCUCCAACAGCAUGUUCCGGAAGGGCCUGGGCCGCCUGUUCACGUCACUUUUCUCCCCCUGUCUGGAACUGGACUGCUGCACCGAGGGGAGGAAGGGUCCUGCUCCAUCCAGCCAGCGCCCAGCCCAGGUCUGCUAG